AAACAUUUGUGACAUUUGUGUUGAUUUUGACAUUAAUUUGUGUUUCAAAUCACUAUUUAUUUAUACAUCCAUUUGGACACCAAUUCAAUCAAUACACACACUCUUCACACUAAUCAUCACUCAAUUGAGUCCAUAGUGUCUUGUAUACCAUCUGUGAACCACUCAUUCACUCAUUAGUUGCCAACAAAUGUCUCAAAACGACUCAAAUUGGUUUGACUCGGAUGUGGUGAACAAAGUGGCCAAAGAAGUGGUGGAGACAGUGAUCGGGUCGCAGGCCUACCAACACUCGAAGGUCAACAACUGGUCCAACGCUAUCGUCGAGCAGGUCUUACAGCAAUUGAUUAAAUCCAACAAAUCCUUCAAAUAUAUCGGUUGGUGUCCGCCAUUCCUCCGCAUGUCUCUCUGUGUCCACAGCAUAUCGUAA